GCCAGGCAGCCAUCCGUGGGCUGGUGGCCGAGGGCCGCCGGCUGGCCAACGCUCUGCAGGGCCCGUACAGGCAGGAGCUGAUGGGGAAGUGUGAGCAGGUGGAGCAGCUCAUGGCCCAGCUGGCUGACUUGGCUGCCCGUGGCGAAGGGGACUCCCCGCAGGCACGCGCCGUGGCUCAGCAGCUCCAGGAGGCCUUGAAAGACCUGAAAGGAAAGAUGCAGGAGGCAAUGACUCAGGAAGUGUCUGACAUCUUCAGUGACACCACCACCCCCAUCAAGCUGCUGGCAGUGGCCGCUACGGCGCCCCUCGACGCUCCCAACAGAGACGAGGUCUUUGAGGACAGAGCCGCCAACUUCGAGAACCACGCCAACCGACUCGGCGCCACGGCCGAGAAGGCGGCCGCAGUCGGCACUGCGAACAAGAGUACAGUGGAGGGAAUCCAGGCUGCCGUCAAGUCAACCAGAGACCUAACACCACAAGUGGUCUCCGCUGCUCGCAUUCUGCUGAGAAACCCUGGUAACCAGGCAGCAUAUGAACAUUUUGAGACCAUGAAGAAUCAGUGGAUUGACAAUGUGGAAAAGAUGACUGUUUUGGUCGACGAGGCCAUCGAUACCAAAUCUCUGCUGGACGCCUCUGAAGACGCCAUAAAGAAGGACUUGGAUAAAUGCCGCGUUGCCAUGACCAAUCACCAGCCUCAGAUGCUGGUGGCCGGCGCUACCAGCAUCGCCCGACGAGCCAACCGCAUCCUUCUGGUGGCAAAACGAGAGGUGGAGAACUCCGAAGAUCCAAAAUUCAGAGAAAUGGUGAAAGCUGCAUCAGAUGAACUGAGCCAGACGAUUUCUCCCAUGGUGAUGAAUGCAAAGGCAGUGGCUGGAAAUAUCCAGGAUCCAAAUCUUCAGAAGGGAUUUUUGGAUUCGGGUUAUAAGAUUCUUGGAGCUGUAGCAAAGGUUAGGGAGGCCUUCCAGCCUCAAGAGCCAGACUUCCCACCACCACCUCCGGAGCUGGAUCAACUCAACCUCAACGAUGAAGCAGCACCGCCCAAGCCUCCUCUUCCAGAGGGAGAAGUUCCUCCACCCAGACCUCCUCCUCCUGAGGAGAAAGACGAGGAGUUCCCAGAGCACAAAGCUGGAGAGAAAGUCAAUGAGCCCAUGAUGGUGGCUGCCAGGCAGCUUCACGACGAAGCCCGCAAAUGGUCCAGCAAAGGAAACGACAUCAUCGGCGCUGCCAAGCGAAUGGCCCUGCUCAUGGCCGAGAUGUCCCGUUUGGUGCGUGGAGGCAGCGGAAACAAACGCGCCCUGAUCCAGUGCGCCAAGGACAUCGCCAAAGCCUCUGACGAAGUCACGCGGCUGGCGAAGGAAGUGGCCAAGCAGUGUACUGACAAACGAAUCCGGACCAACCUGCUCCAGGUGUGUGAGCGCAUUCCCACCAUCAGCACUCAGCUCAAAAUCCUGUCCACUGUCAAGGCCACCAUGUUGGGCCGUACCAACAUCAGUGAGGAGGAGUCUGAGCAGGCGACUGAAAUGUUGGUCCACAACGCCCAGAAUCUGAUGCAGUCUGUGAAGGAGACUGUCAGAGAGGCGGAGGCGGCCUCCAUUAAGAUCCGGACAGAUGCAGGUUUCACCCUCCACUGGGUCAGAAAGACCCCCUGGUACCAGUAAGAGACGAGCCAUCAGUCCUCUGCUUGGUGCUGGUUCUGCCCAGCUGUUCACCGGGACGAUGAAUGGACAGACAUAUGCUUCAUCAAAGCAGCGAUUACACUGCCCCACGUCUAUAUAUGGGCAAAGUUUCUCCCUCAUAUGUCCUGUCUGUAGCGGUUGCUGUUCUGAUAUAAUAUAAAAGGUGGGACUAUUAGUUUGAAAUAUAUUUUAGGGGUUAUGAUAAAGACUUCUUGAAAUAUGCAUAUUUAUAUAUUGAUCAGAGGUUAGAUUUCAUAUCAUGCGAGGGUAAUUAUGUGUGGACGUUCCGAGAUUCAGGCCACAUUAAGUUAAACUGAAUUACAAAACAUUUUUUAUAUCUUUAUACUGAAUAUUUUAUUAUCACAAUUGCUUCUGCUUUGCUUGGAUAAGCACAUAAACUUAAGGAGUUGUUACAAGUACAGCAGAGGUAUUUGCUCAGUGCAGAUGGAAUAUAAGUUGCGUUGCUUCCGUUUGAGAUUCUGCACUUCAUGAAGCGAAAGAGAAAUGCUGAUAUUUGUUUCAUUUUGUGUUGUAGAAGUCUAGAGUUCUGCCAAAGAUGUUUCAGCCACACUCUAUUUAAUCCAUAAUUCAUAUUUGAGUUGAAAUUUAGGGAACAAGUUUCUGAUUUGACUCAUUCAAAUCAUUCUAGAUUGCAUUAAGAUGACAUCUAUUAAACAGCCUUGUGCUACUUUAUGUAGCCUAAAAGCCAUUUGUUUACUAUUCCUAGUAUGCUAUGAGAGUUUGAAUAAAACCUCCCGCUUUUGUUUUUGGGACACAUGUUCACUUCUUUUUGUGUGUGUGCACAAUUCUUGAAAGAAAUGUAAAUUUAUAUAGCACAGAAUGAGCAACACUUCAUUAUAAAGCACAGUAACUGCAGCUAUUAAUCUAAGUUGUCUUGAUACACUAAACGGAACUGAUCACCUUUUAUGGUAAUUCUGUAUUAGAUACUUUAAAACGUCUGAAGGUUUUUUUUUUCCUUGUUUUUUGUGGAAGUUUACUUUAGACGUCUAACAAACUGAUGUGCCUUGUUUUGCGAUUAAUAUUUUCAGAUGUUUCGUGUUGUUUGUACAAGCUGUCGGUGUUAAUUUGUUCAGAACACUUAUUGUACAGGAUUCUUCUUGAAAGCCGUUUUCAAGUACUCACAAAAUACUCUAUGCAAACCACGUUUCCCCUCAACAACAAAAAAUUAUGCAACUUGGUUGGGAUAUAAUGGGUCUAAAAGAUAAUUUUGCUUUAGCAUUGUUCACAAUUUUGUAAUAAAGCAUUUUAUAACACUCA